AUGGCGAAUUCAACACCCGCUCUGAACCAGCGGGUAGCUCCCCAUUUAUCUCCCGGCCAUGCCCAUAAUGCCGUGACGGCUUUGCAAGGUGCCACUACUGCCUUUCGCACAAGCGCUUCUAGAAGCAGUUCGCCUGCAGUCGCCCACAGAACGGGAGAAACCGCUGAUGUCAACAAACGUGCUCUCGGUCCGGGUCCCCGUCCCGAUAUUGAAACCGAAGUGCCACCCGAAGUUGGUUCCGUAAAGGACAAGAUUGGGAGGUAUACUGCCCAUUCUCAGAAUGCUCUCGAGAGCGUUCGCAGGAGCCCAGCAACAUUUAGACCGGAGUCCCCGCAGCAGAUCGCCGCCCGGUUUGCUGCGGAACAUCUCCCUGUACAUAGGAAAAAUGCAGCAACAACUACUGAUAGCGGUGUGGCGCGAGGCACAAAUGAACCCCAGCCAAAGAACGAAAAGAAUGUACAAGAUGUGAAAGCAUCCAGUCCAAGCUCAGUCGAGAGCGUCGCAACGAAUAAUAAUACGAUCGAGCGACACUCAAAGGGUGACGAAGCUAAGCCGACUCGAGAUUUAUCUAUUCGUCGAAAGCCGAUCAUACAAACACCUAAUACACCUCUAGACUCUACGCAACAGGCAGUGGUAAAGCCACGUCCAAUACCCCCAGCACCUCGAAAAUCUCGACUAGUCACAGGCAGCCCAGGGUCAGCUGAACCUGCCACCAGAAGGGGCCAGCCCAACGAACCUAAGGGCUCCCUCGAUCCACUAAGCUCUUGCUCCUUCGGCACCCCCAAGGAUUUAUCUACCAUAUCAGAUGAGAAAGGUCCUGCAUUGCCUCCGCGGCCUGGCGGAUCAACUGCGCUUAACGGUGGUCUAAAUAAUCAUCGAGCCCUUCUGGCGAAGAAUGAUAUCCCAAGACGGCCAUUAAGCCCGAGUGCUUCGUCGGUCGUAGAUCGACAACGUAAUAGUAGCACUCCGAGUCUGCUUGAUGAUUCGGGUAGUUUGAGUGAAGGCGCCCUUUCAGAUGCAAUCGUCGCAUCAUCAUUGGCAUCCUCCCGAGCACCACCUACCAAGAAUGGCCCGCCACCUCCCCCUCCACAACGUCAAGCAAGGUCUCGUUCAAUAUUACGUCUUCACAGCAAUGGGAGAGAGCUUUCCCAAUCUCGAAGCCCAUCCAGCCCUUUGCGACACACGCUCCGCAACCCGGCUAAACCUGACGAUGAAGAUGAUAGUCACCACCGGCACAGAACGCAUAUUAUACGGAAACACCCACAUAAGCAUCACGAAGGCGAUCGAAAGAGAUGGCGGAGUGAGGUUACGGAAAAGGAGCGAAAACGCUACGAGGGUGUAUGGGCGGCUAAUAAGGGGCUUCUCAUCCCCACAAAAGAAGAAGUGGACAGGCAAUGCUCCGAACAUGAUCCAUUGCGAGACACAUGGCCUUCGAAUGCCUCGGAGAUGGUAGUGAACAUCGUGGUUCGAGACAUCUGGUCUCGGAGUCGCCUCCCAUCCUUCGUGCUGGAGCAGAUCUGGGAUCUAGUUGAUACACAAAAGAUUGGACUCCUAACAAGAGAGGAGUUUGUUGUUGGGAUGUGGUUGAUUGAUCAGCAACUAAAGGGACACAAACUGCCUGUGAAAGUACCGGACAGUGUCUGGGGCAGCGUGAAGCGUGUGCCUGGGAUUAGUUUACGCGACAUUGACUUCCAUUCCUGA